CUGGAGUUGAAUUGCAUUGCUCUUGUAUAUAAGCUCAACCAGAGUCAUUCCAUAUCCACGAUCAUUUGCUCAUCUCUCUCUCUCUCAGGUCUCCAUGGAAAACUCAAAACUUCAUGUAGCAAUACUAUCAAGCCCAGGUAUGGGCCACCUCAUACCGGUCCUCAACUUGGGCAACCGACUCCUUAGCCACCACAACGUUGACAUCACCAUCCUCCUGCCUGCAACUAAUUCAUCACCAGCAGAAUCUAAAGUUCUCAAACCAUUAACUGACCGGAAUCAACUCAACAUAAUCGAAAUCCCUCCGGUAGACAUCUCUAGCCUAGUGAACCCCAAGACCACAAUUGUCACACAGCUCUGCAUCAUGAUGCGAGCGGUUCUUCCUGGCCUCCGGUCCACAAUCGCCGCCAUGAAUCCUCGCCCCGAUGUCCUCAUCGUCGAUCUGUUUGGAACUGAGGCGUUGCCGGUCGCCGACGAGUUUGACAUGCCCAAGUACGUAUAUAUUGCUUCAACUGCAUGGUUUACAGCUCUAACUACGUACUGUCCAGUUCUUGAUGAGAAGAUAGAAGGUCAGUACGUUGAUCAAAGAACGCCGCUGAAAAUUCCGGGUUGCAAGCCGGUUCGACCGGAAGAUGUGGUUGAUCCCAUGCUGGAUCGGAACGACGAACAGUACCGUGAGUACCUACGGCUAGGGAUCGAGUUCAGGCUGUCUGAUGGGAUUUUGUUGAACACGUGGGAAGAUCUGGAGCCUAUAUCACUCAAAGCUCUGAGAGAAAAUGGAAUCUUGCGGGCAGUAGUGAAGGUACCGGUUUACGACAUCGGUCCUCUAAGAAGACCGGCUGAACCUGCCGGUUCAAAGAGUCGGCUGAUUGAGUGGCUUGACGUGCAACCAAGUGAGUCAGUGAUCUACAUAUCCUUUGGGAGUGGAGGGACAUUGUCCGCUCAGCAGAUCAAUGAGUUGGCUUGGGGGUUGGAAAUGAGCCAGCAGAGGUUUGUUUGGGUGGUGCGUCCACCCACCGAGGGUGGUGCCGAUGGGUCAUUUUUCACCGUAGGGAACGGUUCUGAUGGCACCCUGGACUACUUACCAGAUGGAUUUUUAUCACACUGUGGCUGGAACUCCACCUUGGAGAGCAUAGCUAGUGGCAUCCCAAUGAUUGCAUGGCCGCUCUACGCUGAGCAAAGAUUGAACGCCACCAUGCUGACGGAGGAGCUGGGCGUCGCCGUCCGGCCAGAAGUGUUGCCAACGAAGAAAGUAGUGGGAAGGGAAGAGAUAGAGAAGAUGGUGAGGACCUUAAUGCAGUACACAGAAGGGAAGGCAAUGAGGGAUAGAGUCAAAGAACUGAAACACAGUGCAGAGAAGGCUUUGAGCAAUGAAGGUUCUUCUUACAAAUCAAUGGCCGUGGUCCUUGAGGAUUGCCAGAGGAGAGUACAAUCUCAUAAAAAAGAGUGAAAAAAAUAUUAGAAGAGAUUUGGAUAUCAAAUUGCAUCAGAAAGACAUGCAUUAUGUAAAAGAGUAAUCGAUUUCGAAUUAAUUUAUCCAUCUAAUUUGUAGUUUUUUUUUUAUCAUUGCAUUUAUAGUAGCCCAUAAU